AAAAAAAUCAUUUUUACCAUAUUUUGGAUAAUUACCGUACUAAAAGACGUAUUUAUUCGUGCUUCAGUGAUGUAGAUCACGACAUCAUGGAACAACAGCACUCUGAGUCUGAGGCCUGCAUUUGGUGCUCUGCACCGCCAGAGAAUGCACAGAAGAAUUUCAGAGCUUACAUUUCUAUACCAACCCCGGAUUGGGCAAAUACGGCAAAUGAGGACAUGUCACAUUGUUUGGACUGUGUAAAGAUGUACCAUCGUGGAAGGGCUGUUGUUGUGGCGGAAAAGCCUGACAUUGAGCAAGCUCUCUUUCCCACUGAGGUGCAUAGACUGCAACAUUCCUUGAACGAAUGUUUGGUAGACCUAUCUACUGAACAUCAGGAUAUUUUUGAUAGUGAUAGUGAUAGUGAUGAUGCUUCUAAGAGUGAUGAAGAUAUGUUGGACAACUUCUGGGAAAACUCACAACAGGAAGCCUGCCUUCUACCAGUACCAAUGCAGGAAAUACUUUGGUUUCCAUUUUAUCUUCAGGAUGAAGAUGUCAAUGAGAUAUUUUGUCGUCUUAUGAAGGUGCUUCAUAGAAUUGAUCCACUUGUCACUGUUGUUGAUAAACCUCUUAGCGGAUUGUUUAUGUUAUUGAUUCAUCCAGAUAUUAGGAUAUCAAAUUGGGCGAACAAAUCAGUAGCACACCUUGGCAAUCAUGCAAUCGAGAGCUAUGAGCAAUUUACCCAUGCGAUCACUUUGAUGUUGUCAGUCAUAUCCUUCCGCUUAUUUGAAGAUCGCACACUUUUUUGUGAGGAAGCCCCGAGUGCUCGUCCCAUUUUAUCCUCGCAUUUGUUUCCUCAUAAACAGUUGGUUUACUGGCAAGGCUUAAGUUGUCUUUUGUGUUGGAUCAGUGAAGAGAACUUGAAUCAACUUGGAAGCGAAUUGCACUCAAAUAUCACCAGGAUUUACUCAACAACUCUUACAGAGAAUGAAUUUAAAAGUACUGAUGAACGCAACUCAUUUUGGCCAAAACUUUUGGGCUUCCAGCAACUCAUCGACAAAUUGGGAUUUCGUAUUUGGCAGUAUCUAAACGAUGCACCAGAUGUGGUUUUCAACAGUAUCUUUAACCAUCCAAGUGUCAGAAGUGCAGUCAGUCAUCUUAAAAUGAGACAUACAGCAUUGGAACACCAACCAGUAAACAGAGUGCAUGAGACAACUCCAUAUGCCUGGAUUAGACCAUUUGGGUCCUCAUUGUUGGACUAUGACUCCAUAGCUAAACAUUGUGUUACUAUGGUGCUAGACAUACUGACAAAUGAAAUGAAUGAAGCAUUGACUAAUCAGAUGAAAACUACAUCAAAUCAACCAAUAGGAAAUCGAGAACCUAGUCUCUACAUGCAGCAUUCAAUUUCAAUUUUGGUUGAGAUUCUGGAAAGUCUAAUUACAUGUAACUUUUUAUGUGUGUCAGUAACUUGCUUUGAAAAAUGUCUUAACAUUAUGGUGCUCUUCUUAAAAAAGUUUAUGCAACAGCAGGGAUCUUCUCAACAAUUUACAAGUUGGCAGUCAUCUCCACUGAGAUUUAUCAGAAACCUUCUGAACAUUUGUGUCAAAAAGAAGAUCUCUUUGACUGAAUCUCAGCUCUUAGUUAAAGAUAUUGAUUCAUGUACAAAUUUUAUGGAUGUUGACCAGAAUGUACUAAACAUGUGCAUACAAAAUUUUGUGGGACAGCUACAUUCUAUGAGAAUUGAAGAUACAGUUAAGGUCUACAAUGAUGAGGGUGCAAGUACUUCAACAGUAUUAGAAGAUAACAAAUAUGAUUGUACUGGUCCCUUUGAGCCUCUUGUUUCCAUUGAGGAUGAUUUUCCUGGGCAAAGUCCGGAUUAUAUGUUUGAAGAUUCAUCAAUAGCAAAUAAUGUGGAAGUCGAUGAAGUCAUUGUUAGUGGUUCAGACUCUGAAGACGAAUUGCCCGAGGCUACUGGAUUGUUGGAUGACAGAGUGAUGGACAAAAAGGAAGAAAUCCCAGACAAUGAUUUUUACGAGUCAAGUCCAGAUUUAAAUUUUGUAGAAUCAUUAAAAAAUGAACACCAGCAUUCUGUUGGAAUUGAAGAUAAAGUUAGGGGGGUCAGCAAUGAUGAAGGGGCAAGUACGUCUACAGCUUCAAAAGAACAUGCUAAGGAUUAUUGUAGUUGUCCUUUUGAGCCUUUUGUUUUCAUUAAGAAAGAAAUCCCAGACAAUAAUAUUUCUGAGCCAAGUCCAUCCAAGAACAUUGAUGCAGACAUUGAGCAUGUAAGGCAAGCACCCUAUACUAUGCAAGAUACGGCACCAGAUACUAUUCCAGAUACAUUUACUGAACAAAGUACUCUAUCAUAUAGUGAAGCCCAUUUUUCGCCGAAUACUGGUCUGGACCCUGCACAAGACACUGCAAUACAUUCUGCACCAUAUCUUGCAUUAGAUACUGUACCAUAUUCUUUACAAGACAGUACACCAAAUGCUGAACAAGACACACCACCAGAUUAUUUACAAGAUACUCUAUCACAUACUGUAAUGGAUAAUUCAUUAGAUACAUUAUCAAAUGAUGUAGCAGGAACUGUCAAAGACACUGCCCCACAUAUUUUAGACACUGGAGUUAACAGACUCCGGGAAUUGAUAAAAAUAAGUAAAGAAAAUACAAAAAAGGGUCAUCAGAUUGUACAACAUGUUAGAGAAGCUAAGGAGACAGUAGGUCUGACUACUUCUGCACUAGAUUUGACUUCAACACCAAAAAGGACUUCAAAACCUGUUGGUAUUGAUUCAAAAGUCAAAUCAAGUUCAAACGUUGUUGGGAGUAGUGCUACUCGAGCAAGUAAGUGGUCACUUGACAAACUCCGGGAUUCAUUAAAAACAACUGAAAAUAAACCUAUGAAUAUUAGUCAGUUUAUAAAAGUACAACAAACCAAGAGAGCUAAGAAGUGUAGAACGAACACAAGUUCAGCAGAAGGUCAGACAGUAAGUCAAGAUGCUCUUCAAGAUUCUUCAACAGAUUGUGUACGAGCAGCACCUGAUCCACCAGAUAUUGCACAAGAUGUUUUACCUUGUACUGUGAAAAAGUCUCUACUAUAUAAUGCAACAGUUACUAUAAAAGACAUUGCACUAGACACUGCACAGGAAACAUUUGAACAGGACACUGUAAAGAAAUCUGCAGCAAAUACUGUAACAGUUACUGAAGAAAGCAUACCGUAUACUAUUCAAGAUACUGUAUCAAAUAUCAAAGUAAAUGAUGCUUCAGAUACUUCAUCAGAUGAUGUACCAAGAAAUAACAAAGGUACCACCCCCCAUAGUUUAUCUCCUUAUAAAAUUUCACUAGACAAACUCCGAGAUUCAUUGAAAAAGACUGAAAAGAAAACUAUGAAUUUUAAUCAGUUUAUUAAAGUGCAGCAAGCCAAGAGAGCCACGGAAAUUAGACAGAACAGAAGUUUGACAGAAGGUCGAACAGUAAGUCAAGAUGCUCUUCAAGAUUCUUCAACAGAUUGUGUACGAGCAGCACCUGAUCCACCAGAUAUUGCACAAGAUGUUUUACCUUGUACUGUGAAAAAGUCUCUACUAUAUAAUGCACCAGUUACUAUAAAAGACAUUGCACUAGAUACUGCACAGGAAACAUUUGUACAGGACACUGUAAAGAAAUCUGCAGCAAAUACUGUAACAGUUACUGAAGAAAGCAUACCGUAUACUAUUCAAGAUACUGUAUCAAAUAUCAAAGUAAAUGAUGCUUCAGAUACUUCAUCAGAUGAUGUACCAAGAAAUACCAAAGGUACCACCCCCCAUAGUUUAUCUCCUUAUAAAAUUUCACUAGACAAACUCCGAGAUUCAUUGAAAAAGACUGAAAAGAAAACUAUGAAUUUUAAUCAGUUUAUUACAGUGCAGCAAGCCAAGAGAGCCACGGAAAGUAGACAGAACAGAAGUUUGACAGAAGGUCGGACAGUAAGUCAAGAUGCUCUUCAAGAUUCUUCAACAGAUUCUGUACGAGCAGCACCUGAUCCAUCAGAUAUUGCACAAGAUGUUUUACCUUGUACUGUGAAAAAGUCUCUACUAUAUAAUGCACCAGUUACUAUAAAAGACAUUGCACUAGAUACUGCACAGGAAACAUUUGUACAGGACACUGUAAAAAAAUCUGCAGCAAAUACUGUAACAGUUACUGAAGAAAGCAUACCGUAUACUAUUCAAGAUACUAUAUCAAAUAUGAAAGUAAAUGAUGCUUCAGAUACUUCAUCAGAUGAUGUACUAAGAAAUAACAAAGGUACCAACCCCCAUAGUUUAUCUCCUUAUAAAAUUUCACUAGACAAAAUCCGAGAUUCUUUGAAAAAGACUGAAAAGAAAACUAUGAGUUUUAAUCAGUUUUUUAAAGUGCAGCAUGCCAAGAGAGCCACGGAAAGUAGACAGAACAGAAGUUUGACAGAAGGUCAGACAGUAAGUCAAAUUCCUAUAGUAUAUUCUGUACCAAAGAAUUCACCAAUGUCAACAUCAAAAAGACCUGAACAAUGUCCUUUUAGUGAUUCCAAUGGUAAUUCAAGUUCAAUCGAUGUAUGUAGUACAGAUACUGAAGUAGAAUUAAACUUUUCAAGUUCAGUGAUGAAAACUAAAUCUAAAGUAAUUAGGCAGUCACACUUUAUAACAACUGAGCAAAGACAAAAAGCUGAGACAUUAACUACUCCAAUAAGCAAAUCAGGUUCUCCCAUUGACAACCAAGUUGCAUCUGAAAAGCAUAAUUCUUUGAUCAGUGAAACAGUAACACAAACAAAAAAUAUUCAUUCCAACCAAGUAGUCUUUGGAACUCAUGAGAAUCUGCAGGUCCAAGAAAAAAUUAUGAUGGAAGCUGCAGGAAGGUCUCACCAGCAAAUAACUUCCAAAAUUUUAAAAGAUGCAGCACCAGAUACUGUACAGGUUGCAGUGCCAGAUGCUGUACAAGAUGCAGUGCUAGAUACUGUACAAGAUGCAGCACCAGAUACCAUACAAGAUGCAGCGUCAGAUAUUGUGCAAGAUGUUGAACCAGAUACUGUAAAAGAUAAUUUUCUAUAUACUAUAAAAGGUGUUCUACCAGAUACAGUUCCUGGUACUGCUAAGUGCGCUGCACUAGAUCCUGUAGAGGACACUGCGGCAGAUCCCAUAAAAGAUGUUGCACCAAUUACUGCAACAUACACUGAACAAAUUAUUUUGCCGUAUACUGUUCACAAGUCUGUACAUGAAGCUGCAACAAAUACUAUGCCAGAUACUGUAGAGGUGAUUACAUCAGGUCUUCCCUACAUGUAUACACCAGACAGAAUCCGAGAUAUAAAAAACACAAAGACAGAGAAAAUCGAAAAUCUUACAAAGUUGAUUAAAGUACAGCAAGCCCAGAGAGUUGCGGAAAGUGGUGUAAAAAAAUCUCUGUUCAUUAGUUUUGAAUCAGUAGAAUGUGAAACAACAGCAAGUUCAACAUCUGAUUCUGAUGCAAGAAUUCAGACAUUGACAGAUGAUCUGACAGUUGUCCAAAGAGAACAAAGACAAGCAGUGGAGACAUUAAACCUACCAGCAAACAAAUCAGGAACAUUAAAUCCAGAUUCUCCCAUUGAUGAACAGAUUACAUCUAAAAGGCAUGAUAACCCUCCAAUCACUGAUGCAGAAAAUAUGUCUCUAAUCCAAGCAGUUCCUGGACCACAUAAGAAACUUUCAGAAACAGCUAUGAUUAAAGCUGCUAAUAGACCUCACCAGCAAAGAAAUCCCAAAACUCACCAGGCAGAAAAUUCUCCUGACCGAUUCAAAUCAAGAAAAGCAUCAUUUGCACAAGACCUUGAGGCAACUGAGUUACAAACCAGAUUUAUGUCUGUGACUCAACAAGAGAGAUUUCAUUCUGAUGUGCCCUCUGAGACAUUAGCCACCGGCUCGAUAACAACAGCUGUUAGCAAGGAGACCAGUUCAUCAUCUAAAGCUACUGCAGUUCAAAGUCAGUGUAAUCGUAUCAUUAACCUUGAUCAGCUUAUUGCCAUCGUGUUGUCCUGGGAUCCAAUGUGGCUUGACAAGCAAGAUUUCACCAUCAAAGACAUAAUCAAAAUGGAUCACUAUGUAAAACCUGACCAAAUUGGUGGGAAACUGAAGAGUGGCUUGAUGAAAGUUCCAUUGAGGUUUGACUCCAUCCAUUCCUACAUCAACAUCUUUGUUCCUCUGCUUUGUCUCGAAAGUUGGCACUACGUUCUUCAGGAAUAUAAAAAGAAUAAAGGAACCAAGGGUAACUAUAUGAGAAUGGACAAUGUGAUCAUGUCUGGACAUUUCUUAACAUGCAAACCAUCCCAAGGGAUUUCUAUGUUAGAGGUGAAGUUGCAAGUGAAGGUACCACCACAAAAGGAGAAAAAAUUCAUGACAUACAUUCGAAAAAACAAUAACAUACAAAUACUGGUUGUUACUAGUAUGAUGUCACGUCUUCAGCUUUUCAUGUGUUUCAAAAUUCUACAGAAGCACUUGUUGUCUGGGGAUAUUUUGUCUCCCGGCGUACCACCAGUACCACAGAUGAUUGCUAGCCCUCAACCAUCCAAUUUGAUAACGAAGCUGGAUGAGUGUCAGUCAGAAGCUGCUGAUAAGAUUUUUACUUGCAUGGAGACAGAGUUAAUGAUUCCAAGUAUCAGCCUACUACAUGGUCCUCCAGGGACUGGUAAAACACGGACCAUUAUCAACAUUAUUGAAAGAAUUUUGAAAAAAACAAGACCAGUAGACAACACCAGGCUACAUCAAAACAUCAAUAUGGAAAACCGUUCCAGAAUUAUUGUGUGUGCUCCAUCCAUUAUAGCUGUUGAUCGACUGAUGCUGAAAGUUGCAAAGAUGUGUUUGGAAGACGAGGAACAGUUUGGCAAUGGAAUACAUAAUCCAAAAUUCAACUGUGGUUCAUACAAUAUUGUGCGUGUGGGUAACAGUGUGGAUAACAGGUGUAUGCGAUACCAGCUCACCACUAUUGUAAACCAACAAAUGCAACAUGCAAUUAAAAAAGAUAACAAUGUGGAAAUUGCUAAUUGCCAGAAAAAGCUUGAUGAAGCAAUAUUACGCAGUGCAUGUUUAAAGCUCAGUUCUGAAGCAAGUCCGGUAGAGUGUAAACAAGCUGAAGACAAUAUAGACUGUUUAGAAAAAGAGUUAAAAGAUUUGAAGAAGAAAAGCAUCGAGGCAAUUGUUUCUGUAAAUAAACAAAAUAUGCAAAAAGAAAUACUUAAGCGUGCUGAUAUCAUUUUCUGCACUUUAAACGGUAGUGGCUCCACCUGUUUGAAUACACUUAAAACAAGUCGACAUCCACAUUUCAAGUAUGUGAUCGUAGAUGAGGCAUGCCAGUGUACUGAAUUAGACACACUGAUUCCACUACAGUUUAAAGUGUCUAAGCUACUACUUGUUGGUGAUCCUCAACAGCUCACAGCCACAGUGUUGUCAGAGAAAGCAAAAGAGUUUGGCUUUCAACAGUCUCUGUUUGAACGUAUGUAUAAAAACUUCAGAGGACAGCUGACUCUACAAAGGAACCCAGUGCACCUGUUGAGGACUCAGUAUCGAAUGCAUCCAGAAAUCUGCAGCUUUCCAUCAAAGCACUUCUACAAUAAUAAAUUAAAAACCUCUCUGCCUGAACCUACCAAAAGAAACUAUGACUCCUUUCCAUUUAGACCUUACUUGCUAUUUGACAUCAUAGAAGAUGGAAAAAGGUCAACAGACAAGGAUAUCAUAAACAAAGCAGAAUGUCAAAUGGUAUCCGCUUUAGUUUCGCUUCUGGUUGCCAUUGAGAAGUUUAGAAUUGGCAUCAUAACACUGUGUGAACAACACAAGAUUUUGCUGAACGAAAAAAUAAAAAGACUGACCAACACUGAUGAAAGUAUUGGGCAAAAUGUUGAGAUUUCUACUGUUGAUGGCUUUCAAGGGCAUGAGAAAGAUGUCAUUAUUUUGUUUUGUGUCAAAGCAAGAGGGAGCGGCAUUGGAUUUGUUGGUGAUUGUAACAGAAUGAAUGUUGCCCUUACUAGAGCAAAAAUGGCCCUCUACAUUGUAGGAUGCUUCAGGACCCUCCAGAAAAAUAAAGAUUGGGGAGAGCUACUGAGAGAUGCAAAGCAAAGGAAGCUGGUACUCCCUGUACGUGUUGGGCAAUAUGAUGAAGUUGCAGAACUGUGCAGGAAGGACCCUAGGUCUCCCAGUGGUAAAACCAGAAGAGAAUGUAGCUUUGAGAAAGAAGCUAAGGAAAAAGGAAAGCCUUUUGCAGAAGAUAAUGGGCAGGGAAAAUGUCAAGCGAAAAAGGCUAGGAAGGAAGAAAGGGUGCUAGAAGAAGGUACUGGUGUACAAACUAGAAAGGAAGGUAGCCAGAUAGGAGGGAGUGGGAAGGCAUGCCCAUGUAUAGGUUCUAAGGGCCAUAGUGUGGAGCCAAGGGAAACUUUGAAUCUUCCCUCCUCAAGUAGGAAUGUAGAAUCUACAUAUGGAAAGAAUGCUAAGGAGCUUGGUGAGGUCAUAAAAUCUGUAAGUUUAAAGCAUCAACAUGGCCCUCUUGUAAAGGAAAUCUCAGGUCUACUUCCAAACCCAGAUAGGAAACGAGGCAGAAGUAGUAGCCAAAUAGGAGAUCAGCAACAUAAAAGGCAGAAACGAAUUGGGACACAGGAUGGAGGUACAAUGCAGCAGUGUAGAAUUGACACCCAAGUUGUACAACCAUUGCAGAACCGUAAAAAGCAUGUUAGUUGUGGCGAUCUGCAGCCUAAUCUAAUGCAGGAGCAUGGGGAUGUCAUGCGUGGCAUUCAAGAGAGAGAACUAGUGCAGAAACGUAAAAGACAUAUCAGUGAUGGUGAUCAAGAGACCAGUCAAAGGCACCGAAAUGAAAGAAGUGGCAAUACUGUCAACCAGGAAUGGCAGGACACCCAGAGAGACAGAUCUUCAAAAAGAACUACCACUACCGUGACAGAACCGAAGCUACAACCACUCCAGCACGGAAAGAAGCGGAUAGCACACAAGCCCAGAGGACAGUCGUGUGGACCCACUUCAUCAUGCUUUGACAGAGAAGGCCAGGAACCAAAGCCACACAGAAAUGAAGGAUUUCAAAUUGAGGCAAGUAGAUCAAUGCAGUCAACAUGCUCCUCUGCUAGAGUUAAGCAAGUUACAUUUUCUGAAGAGACCCAAGUUCGUUUUAUUGAAAAAAAUGACAAGCUAGACAUGAAUGUGUAAACAAGUAAAUUCUCAUAUAAUUUUAUAUUUUAAAAAGAGGUUUGACAAUGUUUGUAUACUAGAUAUAUACAGUAUUUAUGUGUGUGCCGAAUGGUUAUUAAUCAAAAUGUUUUCUUUUUUAACAAACCAAUUAAUAUGUACUGACUUUUACUGACAUUUUCUAUGUUCAUUCAUCAUUUUCAGAGUGACGACACUGUUGUUAAUUGGUUUGUUAAAAUAGGAAUUUUCUUACAUCGUAUCUACAAAUGAGAUGAAUGUUUUCAACUAUAUUAGUAACUGUUCAAAUGUUUGGACUGUACCUAGGAGUAUGUUAAAAUCAACAUAUUUACAUUACACUUUGGAUUAAGUAUGUUAGAAUGAACCAGGGGCGAAUCCAGAGAUGUCCAAAAGGGGGGGGGUGCGAAAUCGGGCUGAAAGUUGUGCCGAUAGAGACAACACUGUUCUAGGGGGUCUGGGGUCAUUCCCCCACAAAAUUUUCGUGUUCUAGACGCCCGAAAAUAACAUUUGAGGCGUUCUGGGCUAUCAUUUUUUCUUUUUGUUUCUUUUUUCUUUUUUUUUCUUCCCAAAAAGGGGGGGGGGGCCGCAAAAUCUGCCCCUGGUGAACAAAAUAUGUUAUAGGCAGAUGAGGACAAAUACAUUGUUCUGUUGCUCAACAGCUGUGAUUAGAAUAUCAGGGUCGGUCAGCCAAGGAGAAAUUAUUAUAUUUUUCUGUACUAUAGUGGACUUUUCUUUUAAGCCCCUUCCCUUAUAUUGUUACUAUUUCCACAAAACGACAUUAAGGAGCUUUCGAUUGCACGACGACGGUAGGACGUACAGUAGAACGUAAUGACCUCACUAAAAGUCAUUUGCGCAUGCGAGAACGUUAAAGUCACCUCGUCGAGUAGAUUCUGCAGAGAAUGUAGGAUGCCAGGUAGGACGGUCACGCAUGAGCGAUUCCGUUCUAGCGUCGCAUCGUCGCACUAAUCAAAAGCUCCGUAAUGUAAAAACAUAGGUAAACAUGUAUUUGUGAGGCAACACAUUUGCUUGUUGGACGUGCGAGUAUUUCUAACACUGUUCUGAUUGUUCAGUUGCUAAGUUGACACAGAGACCUCAGAAAGAUCAAUUGUGUAUUAGUGUAUAUAAAUGUAUAACUCAUCUUGAAUGCAAGUAAUAUUAGUGGAUGGCUAUCCAUUGCAGUAGCAGAUCCAGGAUUUUUUCACUGGGGUCGGAGAUAUACAGUACGUAGUAAUCAUGGACUUAUGGUCAUUGGCGUACUAGAAGUCUUGAAAUGGGGGUGCUGAUGCAGGGGGUGCAAAGGUGAAGUGGGGGGGCCCGCUCGAUUAUCAGUUGAGGGGCGCUAAUUCACAAAAUAAGGUGAUUUUUAACUACUUGACCGUGAUUUGGGGGGUGCGUCUUUGGUAGCAAGUAAUUUUUGGGGGUGAGGGUGUGCGCACCCCACUAGAUACGCCACUGCUUAUGGUCUAAUGGGUGGGUUGGUGUGUUACCUAUUACUGCAUAUCCCUUAUCUAAAUGAUUUCAGCCAGUGGUGUAACAAUCAGUCACGGAGUAAGAAAAUGUUGGGCCCUAUGUUUAUUAUAUCUCGAUUUGCAGUGCCAUGAAAUUAUCUAAGGAUCCCCUUCAAAGUAGAAUAUAUGCCCUACCAGGAAUUACAUUGUUUUCAUUUGCUAUUUUUAGGUGUAAAUAUCUAUUAGAUCUGUUAAAGCAUGCUGUGUCUUUGGUGCCCCUUUGGACUUGAUGCCUGGUGCUCAAGAGAACCCAUAAGCAUUCAGCGCCACUGUUUCAGAGUUGGUUAGAGAUUUUUUGGCUAGUGGGGGCUUGCGCCCUCAUUAUCCACACUAGAUCUGCCACUGAUGAGUAUGUAAUGUAGUUUUGUAUUGAUUUUUCUAGUUUGAUACUGCUAUCUUUCAAUUAUAAGCCAGAGUCACAUCGAUUUACCCCCUCAUUUAUCUCUGUAUAUAAUGAUCAUAUAGUGGGUUUGGUGCUGUUCAUGUCAAUUUCCCUAAACGAGAUGUGGGAAUGACAUAGGGAUGGGCAUGGGCAAAAUUUCAUGGUCUGAAAGUCUUGUGACACUGGCAUUAUGGCUCUUUUGCCUGCAGUAUUUGUAUAGAACGGUCUUCACACUUUUUAACUUUUGAUACAUUUUAUAGCUCUUUUGCAUGCAGUAUUUGUAUAGAACGAUCUUCACACUUUUUAACUUUUGAUACAUUUUAUGGCUCUUUUGCCUGCAGUAUUUGUAUAGAACGAUCUUCACACUUUUUAACCUUUGGUACAUUUUAUGGCUCUUUUGCCUGCAGUAUUUGUAUAGAACGGUCUUCACACUUUUUAACUUUUGGUACAUUUUAUGGCUCUUUUGCCUGCAGUAUUUGUAUAGAACGAUCUUCACACUUUUUAACUUUUGAUACAUUUUAUAGCUCUUUUGCAUGCAGUAUUUGUAUAGAACGAUCUUCACACUUUUUAACUUUUGAUACAUUUUAUAGCUCUUUUGCAUGCAGUAUUUGUAUAGAACGGUCUUCACACUUUUUAACUUUUGAUACAUUUUAUAGCUCUUUUGCCUGUAGUAUUUUUAUAGAACGAUCUUCACACUUUUUAACUUUUGAUACAUUUUAUAGCUCUUUUGCCUGCAGUAUUUGUAUAGAACGAUCUUCACACUUUUUAACUUUUGAUACAUUUUAUAGCUCUUUUGCCUGUAGUAUUUUUAUAGAACGAUCUUCACACUUUUUAACUUUUGGUACAUAGUUUAGCUUUUGUUUUUAUAUGCAUGCCCAUCAUAGACUUAAUGUUAACUACUGUAUUUUUACUGUUGUACUGUAAAGUAUCUGCCAUUAAAUGUACCUGAUAACAAAAGA